AUGUCUUCGCAGCCAAAAGGCUUCGCAGCAUCGGGUAUCCAGCCAAGGAGGCAACCUCGGCGCAGUAAAGGAUGCUUGACGUGCCGCAAACGCAGGGUCAAAUGCGAUGAACAGCGACCAACCUGUCAGAGGUGCAGUAAAGGCUUUCAUCCAUGCCAAUACGACGACAAUCUUGUAUUUGUAAACCAUUUACAUGAUGCUGCCAAAACUAUCCGACCUCAAGAUGCUCACCUUCAGUCUCUAAAUGCCUUGACCCAAGGGGAGGACUUCAAGCAAAUGCCUGUCACAAUCGACUUGCAUGGUUUUAAGAAUGAAGUAGUCAUAUCGUUCUUCGUCAAAAACUUGUUUGUACUGGUCAAGUCACCUCUCAAAGACGGAUCAUCAAUCCUCAAUCUUUUCUCAAGCGAGGCAGACUCAACAGCAGGUAUGUCAGGCUUAUGUGUUGCAGAAGCCUUCUUCUCUAAUAUGCACUGCAUACCUGAACUGAGAGUCCAUGCCUCUGCACUGUAUGGAAGAGCGAUCCAAAAGCUGAAGGCCGAUCUUGGGACGAGGACUGAAGCGUCGAGGCCUCCCCUUCAUACCACCAUAUGGAGUGCGCUGUUCCUUGGCGUAUAUGAGAUGAUAUCUUCUGAUUCCAUGUCAAACUGGCUACAACACUGUCAUGGUGUCGCAGCAUUGACGGAAAUAGCAGGACCUUAUGGAUUCCAGGUGGACGCGGCAAAGCCCAUUCUACAGAUCAAUAGAUCAUUCAUAUCCAUCGGUGCUAUGGCCAACCGAAAGCGCAUCUUUCUAGAACAAGAUGAGUGGAAGCAUAUACCAUGGGCGUUGCAACCCAUGUCAAAGACGAUUGGAGAUUUCCUGCAAGAUAUUUUAUGCGACAUCCCUGGCAUGAUGGAGGACCUCGAUAAUGUUUUCAAAGCGAAGAGUUCCCCAGUGUCUGCAAAUUUUAUAAGCCAAAAGUUGCAGGCGUCUUUCGAACAGCUCAGCUCUUUACGAAUCUCAUGGAACUUCAUAUAUCCUCAUAGUUGCUGGAGACAGAAGAGGGUACACGGGUCAUCAGAACUAGCCCAUGACACACUGGAGCAAUUCCUAUGCUUCUCUGAUCUCGAAAGAGCCAUCGAAUUUGUUUACUUCAACACAACUCACUUGAUAUUGCAUUCAAUACUGGGGCAGUUGAUAUCAUUGCCAGACAACUAUUGCGUCUUCGAUGAAGGUAUGUCUCCCGACGAAAGUCAAUUUCCAGAGGCAUCGGAGCUUGUGUUCUGGAACCAUGAAAACCGGUACCGCAACGCACAGGCGAUAUGUCAAUGCGUUGAUUAUAUGUUACAGAACGAAAGUGGUGCAUCGGGAGCGUUCAACCUGCUAUUCCCACUGAAAGUCGCUUAUAAUCACCUGAGCGAUUUUCCGAUCAUUCAAGAAUGGGUUGCGAGAGUUAUGGAAAGAAUAUCUACUACGAAAGGACUUUUCAUUGGGGCGCAGAUCCUAGAGAAAUAUUGA